UUUUCUUUUUUUUCUUUUUUGAAAAAAAAAAAAAAAUGGAUAGAUCACUUGUCAUUUUAUAUGGAUCUGAAACGGGUUGUGCUCAAGAUGUAGCAGAAAACCUUGGUAGACAAGCCAGACGUAGACAUUUCAAGACAAAAGUAGUUGCCAUGGACGAUUACGAUAAAAGUCAACUUGUAGAAGAAAAGUUAGUCAUAUUUGUAUGUUCAACAACAGGUCAAGGUGCUGAACCUGCAAACAUGAAGAAAUUUUGGAGAUUUUUAUUACGUAAGAAUUUACCUAAUGACAUUUUAAGCGAUUUAGAUUGUGCAGUUAUUGGAUUAGGAGAUUCAUCCUAUAGAAAGUUCAACUUUCCUUCUAAAAAGUUAUAUAAAAGAUUAAUACAAUUAGGCGCCAACAUGAUCAUUGAAAGGGGAGAUUGUGAUGAUCAACAUUAUUUAGGUCUUGAUGGUGCCCUUAUUCCUUGGUCAAAGAAACUUUGGGAUAUUGUAUUACAGAAAUAUCCUACAAUAGAACCUAUUAUUCCAGAUGAGGUCCUAUUACCUGCAAGCUUCAAAAUGGAGUUCUUGAAAGAAGGUAAACCAGAACAUCAACGUACACUUCCUGGUGAAUUUGAUUUGACUAUCAAAGCCAACACUAGAAUAACAGCUGCAGAUCAUUUUCAAGACGUGCGCCAUAUUGAGCUAACCUGUGAUGAUCCCAACUUUAGUUAUGAGCCUGGUGAUAUUGCUGUCAUUAUGCCGCAGAAUUUAGUAGCUGAUGUAGAUCUAUUCCUUGAACAAAUGGGUUGGUCAGCGUAUGCAGAUUCAUUAAUUAAACUGACUCCAACGGAUCCAAGUUACACUUUACCUGCUCAUUGGCCAAGCAGAAUGACGUUUCGAGAUAUCUUUGUUUAUCAUCUUGAUAUCUUUGGUGUUCCUCGACGAUCAUUUUUUGAAAUGUUGGCCUAUUUUACGACCACAGAGGAUCAUACAGAACGUUUAAGAGAAUUUGCUUCGCCUGAGGGACAAGAGGACAUGUGGGCUUAUUGUGCAAGACCUCGACGAACGAUUGCUGAAGUUUUGUUUGAUUUUAAACCUUUUAAUAUUCCCUUUGAUUAUAUACUUGAUUUAUUUCCUACUUUACAGAGUCGUUCAUUUUCAAUUGCAUCUAGUCUUCAUCUUCAUCCCAACACAAUGGAGUUAUGUGUUGCUAUCGUAAAGUACAAAACCAAGAUGAGAAAGAUAAGAAGAGGUGUAUUUACAAAAUGGUUAUCCACCUGGCAACCAGGAGAUGUGAUACCUCGUAUUCGUAUUGCAAAGGGCACUAUGACUUUACCUCCUUCACCUGAUAUACCUUUAAUUGCUAUUGGACCUGGAACAGGUUUAGCACCCAUGCGAUCCUUUCUAGAAGAACGCAUCUUUCAGGGAGCACAUCAAAACGUUCUUUUGUUUGGUUGUCGAUAUCAUGAUAAAGAUUUCUAUUACAAGGACGAAUGGCAAAGAUAUGAAGAACAAGGGCAACUGACGCUUUUCACGGCAUUUUCAAGAGAUCAAGAACAAAAGGUCUAUGUCCAAGACCGUAUUCGUCAACAUGCAGGUUUCCUUUGGGACUUGAUUGAAAAUCAACAUGCUAAAAUCGUCUUAUCUGGCUCUCUAGACAAAAUGCCUGCUGAUGUUGCCUAUGCAUUCAAGCAAAUAUUUAUGAAGGAAGGAAAAUUAAAUGCAGAAGAAGCAGAAAAUUAUUUUUCAGACAUGAUCAAAUCUGGCCAAUAUCAAGAAGAAUGUUGGAAUUAAAAUUAUCAUAGAAGCAAUAAAAUUAUUACAUAAUACAAACUGAAUGAUAA